AUGAGUAUAAGACUAAUCAAUCGUGGGCUUCGAUUCGUGACGAGAAGUUUCAGUAAUAUGUCGUUCCCUGAAUCACCUGCGAAAGCCUCAAUAUGUUGCGAAGUGCUGGAAGGUGCGCCGCCUACGUAUGCUAUGUACGAAGCCCUAAAGGAUUCCUGUCAGAAUAAUGCUACAUAUUUUCAACCUGAUGAUAGUGAGAAUGGUCAACGUUUAUACCAAGGAUUUAUAACUCUGAUAGAUCACAUUGAUACUGUAUGGCCUCUGGUUGACCACGUGAGAAAGGUGGCACCGUCAUAUGAUUUUGAUGAAAAAUCUCCAGGCAAUGGAUACAGAAGUUUCGUAUCAGUUGUGGAUUCCUGCAUUCUACAUGGCCUUAAACUUAGCAGACAAGUUUGCUCCGGACGGGAUGCAUUGUUAUUUAGAAAAGGAUAUUUUGUUAAAGAAGUGGAAUCAUGUGGACAACUCUUGGCAUCACUCGGCACAUGCCUUCAUCAUCUCCACACCUUAAUUUCAUGGGCACCUCCUGGAGACCUGUUUCCUGUCGAGCCACACUCGCCGGAAGAACUUUUCUCUAAGGCAGACACAAUAAAUCAGUAUUGUUUUUAUGGGAGAUGUCUUGGUUUUCAGUUCGCCCCAUCGAUACGCGGGAUCCUCAAGGGUAUAUCGAUAUGCAUGGCUGGCUUCUCGGAAGCCUACUACAGCCAAGGAAAUCUGAUAAGUUCGGUGUGGACGGGCGGGCAGUACUUGAUCGACCCCGAACUCCGGGCCAGAAGGAUUGUCAACAUAUCGCAGUCCGCCAGCGUGGAGUUCUGCAAGGCCUUCUGGUUCCUCACGGAGAGUGAAAUAAUGCGGCGAGUGCCGAGUCUGAUGUCGACCACGGUGGCGGUGAACAAAUUGAUAACGAUAACGCCUCAGCCCCUCGUGGUGGCGACCGUGGGCGGCGAGGAGAAGACGGUUCUUCCGCCGAACUCGCACAUCGGCCUGCACGACCUCAACGUCAGGCUGAUCAGUGUCAACAAGAGGAACGGAAUGACGAACGAAAGCUCCACUCUUCCGGCGGCGGACGGCGUGAUAUUCCACUGCCACGGAGGAGGAUUCGUGGCGCAGAGUUCCAAAUCGCACGAGAGCUAUCUGAGGGACUGGGCGGCCAAGCUCAACGUGCCCAUUCUGUCCGUAGACUACAGCCUCGCUCCGCAGGCGCCCUUUCCGAGGGCCUCGGAGGAGGUCUUCUACGCGUACUGCUGGCUCUUGAACCACCUCAGAGAGGUCGGCACCACGGGUAAAAGGAUAGUGUUCGCGGGCGACUCGGCCGGGGCCAAUCUCCUCGCGGGCUGCAUUCUUCGAAUACUGGAGAGCGACAUUCGGGUCCCGGAAGGCCUGUUCAUGGCCUACGCCCCUCUGCUCGUCAGCUUCAUCCCGAGUCCCUCGAGGCUCCUCUGCCUCAUGGACCCUCUGCUGCCUUUCGGCUUCAUGAUGAGGUGUCUCAAAGCGUAUGCGAGUCCCAAUUCGAAGAGCAAAGAAGAGAAACGCCAAAAGGAAGCGACUUCAUCGAACGCGACCACGCCCAUAGACGGAAACGGCUUCCUCAGAGUGAGCCCCUCGCAGGAAGGCCUCAGCGAGUCCUCGUUCGAGGAGGUGUCUCCGUCGGACCUGCUGGAGCUGCAGGCGCACAAGUCCCAAGGCAGCCAGAGGAGGCACUCCGGAGACACCACGGUCAGCGCCGCUUCGUUGCAGAGCGAGCACACGGCCACGGGCGUCAGUCCGUCGGAGGAGCGGUCCCAAAAGUGCGUGUCGGAACUGCUGGACGGAUACGUGUUCGACAGCGACACUGACAGUGAGGGCCGAAGGAUCGAUCGUGCCAGUCGCGGAGGUGAAUCCGAAACUUCGAGCACUCUGGUCGGAGAGCCUCCUCUGGUGGUCGACGGCGAGAGGGAGCCGAAGAGAAAGGGCAAAUCACGCAUCGGUGAGGCGGCGUCGGGCAUAAUGGGAGCCAUGUCGUCCCGUUUCGCCUCCAUGAAGGACUCCAACGCCAUCUCUGGGCCCACGCAGGAAGAAAUGGCAGGGCGGUCGAACCUAGACUCCCUGAUAGCCAGGAGUCCCUCGGACGAGUUCAUGUUCUCGGUGCCCCGAGACCCCGUCCUGUCCCCCUACUGGGCCGAGGACCGGCUGCUGAAGAGGUUCCCGCCCCUGAGGAUUCUGUCGGUGCACAUGGACCCGUGUCUGGACGACUGCGUGAUGUUCGCGAAGAAACUGAAACGUCUGGGCAACGAGGUGGAGAUCGACGUCGUCGAAGGACUGCCCCACGGCUUCUUGAACCUGUCUCUGAUGGCGAAAGAGGCCAACGACGCAUCCCUCCAGUGCAUAGAGAGAAUAAAACAAUUACUGGACGCGGAUGCGCUUUCCGCUAACUUAUGA